GAAUCCUCUUUUCCGGAAGCUUCUUUAGCGGGCGUAAGUAUCACCGAGGCCUCUUUAAUUCCUAUCAGCAAGAACAGUUCACCGGACUAUAGAGAGUUCCUACUAGGUUUUAAACCUCUAGAAGGUACUUAUUCUAGGGAAAAUCUAAGCUUAGUUCUUCUGAAACGGCUUAAGGACUAUAAUAUUACGCAUCGAAUCUUGGCAAUGACCACUGACAAUGCUUCGAACAACCAAACCUUGAUAGAUAGUCUGAAUUCUGAGAUUAAAACCCUAGCGGAGGUAACCGGUGCACUAGUCGGUCUUCUGGUCUAUAUAAAGCUAGAGCUAAGUAAUGAGUCUAUAGAGAGGGAGUUUAAACCCCGUCCGGCCGGUGGGAAUAAGGAUAUUCUCUCGACACUUAAUAAGAAUUUAAUAUUUCUAAUUCUUCGCCGUGCAAAACGUAUCCGAUCUGCUUAUAAUCUUUUCUAUACUAAGAAUAGAUACGAUUAUCUUCUCUUAGAUCGAGAGGAGUGGCGCUAG